AUGAUUUUCCUGCAUCAUCAUCUUGAUGAAAGCCUGAAGGUUGAAUACCUAACAGUGAAAGAUCCUCUUGAAUUGUGGAUAGAUUUGAAAGGGAGGUAUGACCACCUCAACGCAACGGUAUUGCCAAGGGCUCGUUAUGAGUGGAUGCACUUACGAUUUCAAGAUUAUAAAAUCGUAAUUGAGUAUAAUUCUGAUGUAUUUAGAAUAACUUCCCAAUUGAAAUUAUGUGGGGAUACAAUAAAAGAUGAAGACAUGUUGGAAAAGACAGUAACUACUUUCCAUGCCUCUAAUAUGAUAUUACAGCAGCAAUAUCGUGAAAAAGGUCUUCAAAAAUACUCUGAACUGAUCUCAUGCCUUUUGGUGGCUGAGCUGCAUAAUGACCUUCUAAUGAAAAAUUACGAAGUUCGUCCCGCUGGAAGUGCUCCAUUAUUGGAGGCACACGCGGUUGAAGCACAUGGCCAGUCUGAAAUAAGACAAACUAAUUGGGGCCAUGACAAUGUGCAUGGGCGUUACAAAGGCAAAAGACGAUAUAAUAAUCGUCGAGGUGGUGGUCAUAACAAAAGGGAGAAUAAUAUAGGUUCUCAAAAUAUUCCUUCUAAAGGAAAGUGUGAUCAUUGUCAUCAUUGUAGCCUUAAAGGAUCUUCUCAAAAAUAUAAUGAGAAUGUUGAGGCAAACUUAGCAUUAAAAGAUAAUGCUUUUGAUGGGCUCGAUGAUAUUACUCAUCUGGAAGCUGAGGACUUCUUUGGGGAUCACAACUGA